GAAAACGAAAGCAGGUACUACAGUCCGUACGAGCACGAGGAUAGGGAAUUCCCAUGUACCACCGAAAGCGGAAUAAUUUACUUCUUGACGAUUCAGCAUGUCAGCCAAAGACACAGUGAGACGUAAUAAGAUAGCCAUUCAGCAGACUUUGUGUGGAGACCACCGGCUAAUCCUCAACAAAGUUCAUGAGAAUAACCUGAUAACUAGGCGCGAGUACAACAACCUUAAAAGCAUCAACAAAGAAGAUGUAGAGGGCCACGUCGUUGAGCUCGUGGACAAGCUCGUGAACAAAGGAGAGGAGAGCUGCCAAGCCUUCCUGAACCUCCUGCAAACUGAUGAGGACAUUAAAAUGACUUACCCUGAGCUGAGGAGCAUACAGUUGAAUGGCACCUGCUUUUUACCCAAGCCUGUCCAAGCUAGUUCAGUUGACGACAGUGAUGUUCUUCCUCCAGACAGCAAGAGGCGAAAGGAGGACAAGCAGUACGAGUUGAACAGCCAGCCUACCGGCCUCUGCGUGAUCAUAAACAACGAGAAUUUCACGGCUAGCAAAGCGAGAAGUGGAACCAACAAAGAUGCUGAAAGUUUGGCAGAGGUGUUCAGCUGGCUGGGCUUCAGAGCACUGAUGUGUAAAGACCAAACCAAGGACCAGAUGGAGCGAGCGCUGAGAUGCUUUGCUUCUCAGAGCGACCUCUCUCAGCUGCAGGAGUUCAACGUUCAGGAGUGGUCUGGCAGCGGAUUCACUGCUCUUCAGGAGGCUCCCCGGCACGGCGAUGCCUUUAUCUGCUGUAUUCUCAGUCACGGAAGGAAGGGUGUAGUCUUCGGUACUGACGAGCAGCCCCUUUCCAUCAAACAAAUAACUGGAACAUUCAAGCCGACAGCUCAAUCGACCCUCACCGGCAAGCCCAAAGUGUUCCUGAUCCAGGCCUGUCAGGGAGGGCAGGUACAGCAUGGAGUGUUAUUAGAAGAUCUGCAGGCUGAUGAUUCUUACUCGCUUUUCAUCCCAGAGGAUGCUGAUGUUCUGGUUGCUGUGGCCACUGUUGAAGAUCAUGUAUCAUUUAGACACAAAACAGAUGGGAGCUGGUUCGUCCAAUCUGUGUGUCAGCAGCUAAAGGAGGGCUGUCAGAGGAGUGAAGACAUUACCACCAUCCUCCAACAUGUGAACAAUGAAGUGGGCCAGAAAGAGGGCUGUAGUCAACCUGGGGCAGUAAAGCAGAUGCCUGAAGUUAGGUUCACCCUAAGGAAGAGACUUGUGUUGUCUCCACAUCGCGAUUGAAGCUUCAUCGGCAAAACUCAUGCAAUCUCCCUAUACCUGAUGGCUUAAUUAUGGAUCUAUAAUUAACUCAGGGGGAUGGCUUUCUUAAAAUGUACUCUGUCUUUUGUAUCAUUCAAAAUCUUGUAUUUUUAUAACAUUGAACCAUUAUAUUGUCACACAUUUGUGUUGUUGUUUUUUUGCUAACAGUAUGA